CUUAUUGGUUAUUUGGACCAAUACGAUUGAGGAAAAUCAAAAAUGAACAUUUCUGUACAUAUUUUGUUGCUUUCUGUUGCCUCAACUUAAAUAUUAUUUGCUAUGAUAAUACUGAAUAUCACAAAGGUUUUUCAACUUUUGCUGUGAUAUGAUACCAGAUUGAAGACGCUCUUGAAGCAUGAGUUAUGCUUCAAGUCAAAGAUCCUUAGAGAUGGUAAUGAAAACGUGCUUGUUGUUGGUCUUCAUUAACAGUGAAUUGUUCAAUAAAUAUUGACUAAACGAGAUGAACAGAUUGAUUAGGUUGAAUAUCAAAGAGUAUAAAAUGUUGAUGGCAAUGACAUUAAAUCAUCAGUCUUCUUGGAUCAAUCGAAGAAAAUCAAAAAUGAACAUUUCUUUUUAUAUUUUGUUACUUUUUGUUGUCUCAACUUGCGCUAGCAAACUUCAACCAAAACCUUUGGGAUUAAAGGAAACCAAGCGAUAUGUGAAUGAGUACUCUAGCAUUGAUGCUUCUGGAAUCCAAUCAAGUCUUGACUCUACAACCCAAUUGAAGACUAAAGUUGUGCCUUUACCAAUUGCCUCUUUUAUAAGGAAGACCAGAUCGCUGAGAAGUCCUUAUCUUCGAACCUUGGUGUUUCGACGUGAAAAUGAAAUCUGUUUCUCAAAGUAUCCUAAAUUGGUGUGCAAACAAGGUGAAACAGCAACAAAAACUGAAACAAAGGAGAUUGAUUUGGUUUGUUUCGGAAAGAAUCAACAUCCACUUUACGAAAAAUUGAUUACUGAAGUUGAUAGUCGUGUAAUCACUGAACUUGCUUCUCUUGACAGAACUGAAACUUAUACAUACAAUUCACCAACCGAGUGCAGCAAAUCAUGAAUCAAUUCGAGGAAUUAAAUGUGUUUUUUCUUUCGCUUUUUUCACUGUUACUCCUUCAAAACCAACAUGUUUACAUGCUCAUGAACACUGAUCAUUGAUAUUGAUUGUAAAAUUGAUCUUAAACCGAAAAGCUACAUUACAAUUGGAAUAUUCGAGCAUUGAAAAAAGCUUUAAACAAAUCAUUCUCUAUUCAAAUAAAGUGAUUGGUGUAAAAA